AUGUGGUUGGAGGUAUCACCCAAGUUGAAGCCUCACCUUCCCCCACUCAAGAAUCACCAGUUGAAGCUAUCACCUUCCCCAUCUCAAGAAUCACCAGUUGAAGCCAUCACCUUCCCCCCAUCUCAAGAAUCACCAGUUGGAAGCACCACCCUUCCCCCAUCUCAAGAAUCACCAGUUGAAGCCAUCACUUUCCCCCAUCUCAAGAAUCACCAGAAUCACCAGUUGAAGCCUCACCUUCCCCCAUCUCAAGAAUCACAGUGGAGCAUCACCUUCCCCCAUCUCAAGAAUCACAGUGAGCCUCUCACCUUCCCCCAUUCAAGACCACCAGUUGAAGCCUCACCUUCCCCAUCUCAAGAAUCACCAGUGAAGCAUCACCUUCCCCCAUCUCAAGAAUCACCAGUUGAAGCCAUCACCUUCCCCCAUCUCAAGAAUCACCAGUUGAAGCCUCACCUUCCCCCAUCUCAAGAAUCACCAGUUGAAGCCUCACCUUCCCAUUCUCAAGAACACAAAUCACCAGUUGAAGCCUCACUUUACCCCAUCUCAAGAAAUCACCAGUUGAAAGCCAUCACUUUCCCCCAUAUCAAGAUACACCAGUUGAAGCCUCACCUUCCCCCACUCAAGAAUCACCAGUUGAAAGAAUCAUCAUCACUUCCCCCAUCUCAAGAAUACCACAUCAGAAUACCAGUGAAGCCAUCAUCUUCCCCAUCUCAAGAAUCACCAGUUGAAAGCCAUCAUCUUCCCCCAUCUCAAGAACAUCACCAGUUGAAGCCACACUUCAUCUCAAGAAUCUGCAUCAUCGUCACCCCUCUCAAGAAUCACCAGUUGAAGCCAUCACUUCCCCCAUCUCAAUCUCAAGAAUCACCAGUUGAAGCCAUCAUCUUCCCCCAUCUCAAGAAUCACCAAAUCAACCAGUUUGAAGCCAUCAACCUUCCCCCAUCUCAAGAAUCUCCAGUUGAAGCCAUCAACCUUCCCCCCAUUCUCAAGAAUUCUCCAGUGAAGACCAUCACCCUUCCCCCAUCCUCAAAAGAAUCACCAGUUGAAGCCAUCACCUUCCCCCAUCUCAAGAAUCACCAGUUGAAGCCAUCAUCUUCCCCCAUCUCAAGAAAUCACCAGUUGAAAGCCAAUAACCUUCCCCAUGCCCCCUUCAAGAAUUCUCCAAGUUUGAAGCCAUCACCUUCCCCCCAUCUCAAAGAAUUCCUCCAGUUCGAAGCCAUCACCCUUCCCCCAUUCUCAAAGAAUCACCAGUUUGAAGCCAUCAUCUUCCCCCAUCUCAAGAAUCUCCAGUUGAAGCCAUCACCUUCCCCCAUCUCAAGAAUCACCAGUUGA